AUGAGAUUUCGUACGCACCCGAUCGCCAUAGUAGCCGACAUCGAGAAGAUGUACCGACAGAUUCAACUGCACCCUGAAGACCGUCCACUUCAACGCAUCCUCUGGCGUUCCAAACGUGAUGAACCUCUCAGUACAUUCGAGCUUCAAACAGUUACAUACGGUUUCGCCUCCGCGCCUUUCCUGGCAACCCGCACUCUCCAACAAGUUGUACAGGAUGAAGGAUCCCAUUAUCCUGCCGCUGUCGAUGUUGUGAAACACGAUUUCUACGUCGACGAUCUUCUUUCUGGAGCUUCUGAUGUCCAAUCCGCUAUUCGUCGUUGCAAGGAAGUAUCCGCCAUGCUUGCGUCAGCUGGCUUCCCGCUGAAAAAGUGGGCAUCAAACUCCGUUGAAGUCCUCGCCGAAAUCCCAGAAGAAGAUCUCGCGUUAUCGCCGCUACAUGACCUCCAAGACGAACAGUCCGUUUGUACACUCGGACUCGUGCGGCAGCCGAAAUCCGACAUGAUGCGCUUCAAGGUUCAGUUACUGGUACCCGAAUCCGUCCUCACCAAACGGAAGGUGAUGUCGUAUAUUGCACAAAUAUUCGAUCCGCUCGGUCUUGUUGGCCCGAUCAUCACGGUUGCGAAGCUGUUUAUGCAGAGAUUGUGGGCACUGAAAACCGACGUAGGACAUUCAUACGAGUGGCAUCGUCCGCUGCCUCCGCAUCUGCAAAGUGAAUGGAAGCUGUUUCAUGGUACAUUGAAUGCAAUUUCCGUCAUUCGCAUUCCGAGAUUUGUGUCGCAAGUCAUGAUCAAAUCCACCGAGCUUCAUUUCUGCUCAGAUGCUUCAGAGAAAGCCUAA